AAAUACAAAUGUACAGUAACAAAAUAUAAAGCAGGAUAUUAUAUAUAUACAUUAAUUGUGCAAGGAAUGGAUUAUUAAAUAUGAAAUGUAAUAUAAAUAAAUACAGUGGGCGUUUAAGUCCAGUUAACAAGAGAAGCUAUGGAGCUAUGUUUACAUGGGGUUGUAAAUAACUGAAUAUAAUCACUGAUUCAUACAAAAUGUUUUCAUAUAUUUUAAUUUCACACCACUUUAAAAAAAUUAAAUCAUUGUUUAGAAUUUAGUCCAUUAUGUAGCCUAUACAUAUUUGCAAAUGCAUUACAUUUGAUUAAUUGUUAUAUAUUAAUAUCAUAUAUAUUGUAGUAACCUUAUAGUAAGACACCCACAUCACCAUAGAAUUUAUGUGACAGAAAAAUAAGUUUUUUUAAUGGAUUGUGUGUGACCGUCAGAUGUAUCGCUUCGCAUUCAGCAGAACGCUUUGUCUUUUGAGCCUAGUGCUUGCCGUACAACAACAAAUAUGGCGUCUUCUGCGGAUGUCCACGUCCGAAUUUGUGGACAAGAAAUAAUCAAAUAUGACCUGGAAAUUAAGGCACUUGUUCAGGACAUCAGGGAUUGCCCUGGACCUCAGUCAACUCUCAUGGAGUUCAACUCUCAGGUCAAAGAGAAGUUCAACAAACUGAGACUCAGAAUACAGGAUCUGGAGCAGAUGGCCAGAGAGCAGGACAGAGAGACGGACAGACUGGCCAUCCUGUCAGAGACAGAGAGCCAGCGGAGACAAAUGCUGAGUAACCAGACAGCAUGGAGGAAAGCAAACCUGGCCUGUAAACUCUGCAUCGACCACAGUGAGAAGGACGAGCUGCUGCAAGGAGGAGACUACCAGAGCACCAGACAGAGGAAGGUGACAAAAGAAUGCCUUGUGGAAACCAGCAGCAACAUCACCGAGAGUUUGAUGUCGAUCAGCAGGAUGAUGUCUGAACAGGUGAAGCAGAGCGAGGACACCAUCGGCACUCUGGCCACCUCCUCCAGGACAGUGCUGGAAACCAACGAGGAGUUUAAAAGUAUGACAGGAACCAUCCACUUCGGGAGGAAACUGAUCCUGAAGUACAACCGGCGUGAGCUGACAGACAAGCUGCUCAUCUUCCUGGCGCUCGCCCUCUUCUUCGCCACCGUCCUCUACAUCCUUAAGAAGCGUCUCUUUCCCUUCAUUUAGCUGUUAAUAAACACACUUCAGGAAGAAUGGCUCUUAGCCGUUUUGAAGUAAAAACUUGAGUACAUAGUUGGAUCAGCAUUGAGACUGAACUUCUGCACGAAGAAACAGAGUCAAGUGGCCCUUUGUUUUUAUCUUGAUCAAUAUGCAAAAUGUUUCUUUAUAAAAUGGGAAUGAAGGAAAAAGUGUGAACUGGCAUUCUGAGGUUUUGUGCAACAGUGAUAAGGUUACAGCCUGCUUCAAACAAACUUGGGCUGUUCCAAACAUCACUGAAGGCUUUUUAUAUACUAUGGCUAUUGAGUAAUCAUGUAGUCUCAAUUUGAUAAUUAAUAAUAUAUUGAUGCACAAUUUCAUACGGUCUAUCCUUCUACCCUUAAGACGUUCAAAAGGCUGCAUUAUGAGGAAAGCUUUGAGAAUGUGACUAUUCUACCCACUUUAACUCCUGAUCCCCACUGACUGUUUUAGAAACAUCAUUUUGAAUUUGUAGUUCGAGAUUCAGAACUAACCAGGGACUAAGCCAUAACCUUCACUUUGUUGCCAUCAGUCAAUUUAAGAUAUGUGUGUGUACAACCUAGAAAGUGUUGUCUGCUCUGGAAGGCUUUUUCAAAGAUGCCAUUGUUACAGUUAUUGACGAGUUUAGCCUGUGCCUUUCUUCUUUAGGACGUCCAGACAACUGACUCAGAGAUGCAGCACUUACUCAUCCUCUAAAGUUCAUUUGUCACGGUGAGUUGGAGAGUGCAUGUCAGGGAUGCCUUACUGUUCGUCUGUGUGACUAUUUUACAGAGCAGGGCUGAAUUAACACACUUCUCGUUGUCCAGUAACAUCAUUGUAGUUUAUUUAAUUUCAAUCAAAAUGCUUACAAAUGUAUUUUUGGAUUCAUUUAAAUAAAAACUUACAAAACAUA